GCGCGGGUGGUGGUUGAAAGGUCGCGGCCUCCGUCAUUGAUAUGGUUACAGGGAGCGCACUUUGGACCAAACGACUGUGCCGACUUAAGAGGAAUAAAGCGCGACGGCGUUAGUUGACUUCAGUUUAGUGUCAUCCUGGCUGCGUAACGCGACGCAUCGCGCAACCCGACCGACCCGCACUUGUCUUUUUUUUUUUUUCAUAUUUCUCCCCCCCUUCACUUCUCGCUUUCUCUCUCUCUCCUUCCGCGAUCUGUAAACCGGCGAGAAAUAAAACGCCGGUAAAUCAUGGACCCCGGCCAAGAGCGACAGUAAACCGCGAAAUAGAUUUUCGCGCACGAGAUAAUCGGACAAGGGACUCAGGCGCACGCGAGCUUAUUUCUCUCAGAUAGAGAGGGAGAGAGAGAGAGAGAGAAUAAAAGAACCGCAUCUUUUCACCGAGUCGCGCUGAACGCACGUGACUCUUGACGUUUCGCGUGGACAAGGACGACCGUGUCGAGAAACCACGGCCACCAGACGUUCCACCACGCGCUUUCCACCUUCACGUUUCCGCGUGAGCCCGUCGCGAUACUAUACUGACACCACCAUGUGGUCCAUAGAACCGGCCAGCUUCACCUCCAACGGGAGCAUGAUCGUCGUGAGCAACAGGUUGCCAUUUGUGUUGAAGAGGAACGAACUGACCGGUCAGCUGGAGCGCAAAGCCAGCGCCGGUGGUCUGGUAACUGCAGUAGCGCCUGUUGUUAUAAACGGAAAUGGAGUUUGGGUCGGAUGGCCGGGUAUGCAUAUGGAAAAUCCGAACGAACCAAUUCCCGAAUCAGAUCCGAACGAUCGCACGCCGACGGCUGGUCUACUAUCGCGCAAGGUUGUAGCGGUUCACGUUGAUGCCGGCAUCUUUGACUCGUACUACAACGGAUGCUGCAAUGGAACCUUCUGGCCUCUUUUCCAUUCCAUGCCGGAUCGAGCGACCUUCAUCGCUGAACACUGGCGCGCGUAUUCUGCGGUCAACGAACAAUUCGCUGCAAAGACAGUUGGUGCAUUGGAACAAAUUCAUAAGGAACAAGAGAACCAGCAGAAUGGUACGCCGUUGGUAUGGGUCCACGAUUAUCACUUGAUGUUGGCCGCUAAUUGGAUCAGACAGGCGGCCGAGGAGAGAAAUCUCAGGCUUAAAUUAGGUUUCUUCCUUCACAUACCCUUCCCUCCGUGGGACAUCUUCCGGUUGUUCCCGUGGGCCGAUGAAAUCCUGCAGGGCAUGCUGGGAUGCGACAUGGUGGGUUUCCACAUUCAGGAUUAUUGCUUGAACUUUGUCGAUUGCUGCCAGAGGUGUCUCGGUUGCAGAGUGGACCGUAAGAACCUGCUGGUUGAACACGGCGGUAGAACGGUGCGGGUAAGACCGCUGCCGAUCGGUAUACCGUUCGAUAGGUUCGUCUCGUUAGCAGAGACCGCAACGAAAGUCAUGCAGUCGAAUCAGAAGAUCGUCCUCGGUGUCGAUCGGCUCGAUUACACGAAGGGUCUGGUUCAUAGAUUAAAAGCCUUCGAGAUGCUGUUGGAGAAACAUCCCGAGCAUCGCGAACAGGUGACGAUGCUUCAAAUCGCAGUACCUUCACGCACGGACGUCCGCGAGUAUCAGGAUUUGAAGCUCGAGAUGGAUCAACUGAUCGGCUGCAUAAACGGUCGCUUCACGACACCCAAUUGGUCGCCCAUACGUUACAUUUACGGCUGCGUGAGUCAGGACGAGCUAGCGGCGUUCUACAGGGAUGCCGCCGUCGCUCUCGUCACACCGCUCCGGGACGGCAUGAAUUUAGUUGCCAAGGAAUUCGUUGCUUGUCAAAUCAACACCCCGCCGGGUGUGCUGAUAGUGUCGCCUUUCGCUGGAGCUGGUGAAAUGAUGCACGAAGCUUUGAUUUGCAACCCUUACGAGAUCGACGAGGCUGCGGAGGUGAUUCAUAGGGCCCUCACCAUGCCCGAAGACGAACGCACAUUAAGAAUGAACCACUUACGUCGACGUGAAAGGAUAUACGAUGUUAACUACUGGAUGAAGUCCUUCCUUCAGGUCAUGGGAUCCCUCGAGGAGCACGAUUCCGUAGGCGCUACUACGAUGCAGCCCGUGACUAUGGAUGAUUUCGACGAUUAUUUGAACAAGUACAUCGGAGAAAAUCAUAAAUUGGCGCUUUUGUUGGAUUACGAUGGUACGUUGGCGCCCAUCGCCACACAUCCUGACCUGGCGAUCUUGCCGCUCGAGACGAAGAACGUCCUGCAAAGGUUGUCCAACAUGUCAGAUGUUUACAUCGCGAUUAUAUCAGGCAGAAACGUGAUCAAUGUGAAAUCGAUGGUCGGAAUUGAGGGUAUCACGUAUGCCGGUAAUCAUGGGCUGGAGAUCCUGCAUCCGGACGGCAGCAAGUUCGUCCAUCCAAUGCCUGCCGAGUUGGAGGACAAGGUGGCAAGUUUAAUGCAAACGCUUCAGGAACAGCUCUGCAGGGACGGUGCUUGGGUCGAGAAUAAAGGUGCGCUUCUCACGUUCCAUUAUCGUGAAACUCCGAUGGAGGGCCGUCCCAAGAUGGUCGAUCAAGCCAAGAGACUCAUCGAGGGUGCCGGAUUCAAGGCCUGUACAGCUCAUUGCGCCAUAGAAGCAAAACCACCGGUCGAAUGGAACAAGGGACGUGCUUCUAUCUACAUCUUGCGCACGGCAUUUGGUCUAGAUUGGAGCGAGCGUAUUAGAAUUAUAUACGCUGGUGAUGAUGUUACGGAUGAGGACGCGAUGAAGGCAUUGAAAGGUAUGGCCGCUACUUUCCGCGUGGCAUCAUCGCACAUCAUUCGCACGUCCGCGGAGAGACGUUUGCCCAGCACGGAUUCGGUUUUGACGAUGUUGAAGUGGGUCGAGAGGCAUCUCAGCAGGCGCAAGCCCCGCAACAGCAUCGAUAUCCCAGGCAUUCCGUCACGAUUUCGACGCGGUAGUGGUGGCAUCACGAUGGAGAUGUCUUACACCCCGCCGAAAACACCUCUCGAAUCAUAGGUGAUGCUCAAAUGUUCCCUCUUAGCAUAUCAGGUAUAUGUGGCGUGAUAUAUAUCUAUCAUAGGAUUAUAAUGUACUCGUAGCGUAAAGUCAGCCAACAUAAACGAAGGAGCGAGAGAUAACAGAGGAAUCGCGAACAGCUAAGAGAUGAAAAAAAAAGUUAACGAGGUCCACGCCUAAACUCCAUGUUGAAUAUAGGUACUGAAGAAACUGUCGCGAUUAGAAAGUCCAAAGAAACGUAAUGAUUCUUCCUAAGUAAGAAGUAUAAUAACAAUAUUAUAUAGAUUCGCUAACGCGGAGUUUAAGAAGUACGAAGAAUCAAAUCGUUAUGUUACUCUCUAGCUUUUAAUGUCGAUGUAUUUUCUGAUACUGGUUAGACCGUAGCCCGAGAAAAAUAUUGAGCUCGUGUACGAAACACAUUGCGAUGUUUUCCGUACGACUGAAACCUCUAUUUCGGCUUUAUACAACAGAAAGAUGUAUAUAUUAUAUAUCUAUAUUUUCGAUGUACGUAUUCUUCGAAUUUAUAAUUGUAUCAUGUGGAACACGAUACGUAUGCUUCUCCACGAAGAUAUAGCAUUUAAAUACCUAGUUUUUAGGUCCGCGUCGCUCAGUAAAAGGAUAAACAUUCGGCAGAUAACAAUGAAUCCCUUAUACUACCUUUAUUAGUUGCGUUUUACCUCAUUAACGAUUUCUAUCGGUAACACAGCGAUGACGAAAAAGAACACUUUUUAGGAUAUUUAUACGAUCCUGGUAGGAAUUGACUGUCGGCGAAGUACUGGUCCAGUAUCAAUUUUUACAUAUCAGAUACCAAAGGAGUAUUGAGAUGAUCGCAAUAAGGAUAAAACUUGUAACGCAGUACUAUUGUAGCACAGACUUACUGCACUACUUACAUAAAUACAGACGUGACACUGCAAAUAUACUGACGGUGUAUUGUCUCAAUACUGAGACAAUUAGCUGACACAUUGGUGUUAGAUAAUUUCAGUAUAGACACAAUGUACUGGAUGAGUAUUAUUAUUCAAUGUUGAUCCACACCCACACACAUUGGGUUCAGUGUCAUAUCAUUGUUUUUUAAAAAUAGGUUCAGUACUGAAAACUCAUUUUUGGUACUGGAUUAGUACUUCGCCAAGAUUCAAUAGUGGUCCCACUUAGGCAAGUAUGUGUUUCUUUACAAAUGUUUUGAUUAAUUUAUUUGUUUUUUCUUCCUUUUUUUCCUCCUUAUUUUAUCAGUAACGAUCAAUUGUACACACACAUUACAAAUGAAAUAUUAAUCGUUAAAUUUUUGGAUAAAAUUCCUUUUUCAUGUCAUAUAAUUUACGACAAAAUUGAUACCAUCAUACAGUUAUAAUACAAUGUACGCACCUUCAGGAAUAAAAGUUAUGCGCUCUGUUAAUCUAUAGUGAAUGCGUAAAACUGUAGAAACGUAUGAUUUCGUGCGAGAGACAAAGAAAAAAAAGCAAAAUCUAAAAAAAAAAAGGUAAAGUAGAUUUAAACUAGAUUUUACACUUUUUGUAAGUAGAAUAAGAUAUUAAUGUAUGUAAAACAAAAGAGGCGAGAGAAGAUUACUGGUAUUUAUGCUGGUAUAAUUGCUUUGGUUGUGCGAGUGAUAAUAAGUAAGAAACGGCUACAUUAGGAUCUAUGCCUUUUAACUAUAUCUAUUUAAAAGAUAUUUGUCAUUGCGCAUUUUUCUCCGUGCUGUCGGAUAAUACUGACUGAUACAAACUUAUACUGGUACAAACUGGCAACGCGUAUCCGUCUCUUGUCACACGAGCUUGUUUUGAAUUGAGAAACUUUCCGAAAGAAUAACUCGGUAGGCGUCAUUUAUUGCACAAAACGCAAUUCAAUAAGUCACAAUGGAGAGGCAGGCGUCUUUGAAAUGUGACGAAAUUUAGCAAUUUUCACAAAUUAUAAUUAAGCAACGAUAGAGACAGAUUGGUUCUGGGGUGAAAUUGUAUAAACGAAUAUAUUUAUUAAAAAUUCCCUCUUACGAAAGAGGAUUACUUCGGAUUGAUGACAUUUUUAUAUUCUUACCGUAUAGCUUUGUUUAAAAAAACGGGCUUUUGAAUUCGUUUCCAUAAAGUGUAACGUCACGUUUUAUUCUACAAUUGCUUUCCUUUGUAUAGUUUUCCUGUAUUUUUAUUUCUUUAAUCCGCUUAGCGUCCGGAACGUUUUUUCCAUCCGCAACAUGAACCGUUUAUAAGCUAAAUUGAAAUUAGUCUGCUGAUUAAUAUCUAUGUUAAUUAUUAUUGGUUGCUCGUAGAGCAAAAGAGUUUAGCGGUCAAAAGAUCAAACGUUGCGUAACACCUAAUGAGAGCGAUUAGCAAUUAAGUAUAUAUACAUGUAUCGACCAUAUCGGUAUCUCGGAGGCUUUGACGCGAACGCAGGUCAGAUUUUAUAUAAUCGUACUUUCGCCGCUGUAUUUAUUAGUCAAUUAUAAUAAUCGUCGGUCAUUGGAUAAUAAACGAGACAAUUGACGAUUAGGCAGAAGAAGACGAAACAAAAAACGGCAAUCAAUAAUAUAAGGAAAAUGUAAGCACGAAGCGAAAUAUAAAGUACUGUUACAUCGAGGAUACACCUAUCGGAAUGCACAACGUCAUCUCUGUUCAAAAAUGUGUAGAAAAGAAAAAGUAUAUGUAUAUAUAAUGAGAGAUAUAUAUAUAUAUAUAUAUGUAUAGAUACACGCGACGCGCGUACAGAGUCCUAUCACGUUAAAAUAAAGAUCUCUAUCUUUUCCCCGACUUCUUUACUAAAAAAAAAAAAAAAAA